UUAUUUUUUUAAUUUUUUUUAUUGAGACAGGGUCUCACUCUGUCACCCUGGCUGGAGUGCAGUGACAUGAUCACAGCUCACUGCAACCUCCACCUCCCAGGUUCAAGCAAUCAAUCCUCCCACCUCAGACGCUGGAGUAGCUGGGUACAGGCAUGUACCACCAUGCCUGGCUAAUUUUUUAACUUUUUGUAGAGACAGGGGUCUCACUAUAAUGCCCAGGCUGGUCUCGAGGUCCUGGGCUCAAGCAAUCCUCCCAUGUCAGCUUUGGGAAGUUUUGGGAUUACAGGCGUGAACUACUGUGCCCGGCCUAGCCUGAGAAUUCUAAACUGGAACCUGGCUUUCCAGAUACCAUGGUGUAUUUUUUAACGUAGGAGAAGAGAACGUGUCCUCUACGCUUUUUUAAGUUUGGUUUGCGGCUUGUGUGCAUUUGGACACACCGCGUCACAAACAGCCUCGCCCAGGAGGAGCGAGGGCCACAGAUCGGGAGGGUAGGGGGCCCAGAGCCUGGAGAGCCCCAGGACGGGCUGACAGGUCAGGGCUUCACCUGCCGGCUCCCAGAAGGGGGUGGCCAACAGACACCAGGGAAGUCAGGGCUGGGAUUCAAAGAGAGGCCAAGGCUGCAGAGACUAGGAGCCAUUUUAGGAAAAAAACGUGAAUUCAGGCUUUGCACAGCAGAACUGUCCCCAUGUCCUGGGGAGGCCUUGGUUCAUUCUGCGGGGAAUCCCUUGUGUCUUGCGGGACCCCGCCUCUGAUGGGAGGGAAGGGAGAUAAGCUUUGCAGGGGGAAGGUCUCCUCACUCUUCGAGCACCGAGUUUCUCCAGACAAAGCGCACUCCGCGGGCACCAAUCCCUGCAGACAGCGCAGAGCGCAGAGCGUUGUCAAAUCCAAGUGACAACGGACUUCCUGAAGCCACGCUGACACCUACUUUCUGGCUCGAUCAGACCCCUGGACUUAAAUUCCAGCCCAAGGGCUAGCACUCAAAGGGUGGCUAUUUCAGCAAACGACCAAAGCUUCUAAAGUAGGCACUUUUCUUUUAAACCACUUGAUGGCUGGAUUUCUUAGAGAGACUAAAGCUGGAGGAAGGGUUCUUCCAGGGAUGGCACAGGCCCUCCGCUCUCGGGCUCCCCACACUAGACUUCGGGCCGGCCGGAUUGGUUAAGGUAGCACUCGUUGGAGUCAAUAAUUAAGCAAUGGAAACAAACAGCCUAAAUAAGGGUGUUGAGGACUCAGGAGAAGGUGGCUGAGUAAUCUCAGGCUCAUAGUUUGAAACGGGAGCGCAGGGGCUGGGCUGUGGCCUCCUCAUCUGCUCCCUGGGCGUGUGGCUGUGUAAAGAGGUGUGGGGACCCACAGGAAGGCCGAGGAGCAGCACUGGGGUGGAGAGAGCAGUGGGGAGGCGGGGACCCAAGGGUUAAAAAAAAAAAUCCUCAAUUUGGAAACAUUUGCAAAACUCCAGAAGAAAAACUUUUAAAAGUUCUCCACUCCCUUCCAAACAUACAAACAUGCACACACACAAUUAGGAAUUUCCCAAAGUUUUCAUCUGUCUAAAGAGAAAGUGCCAGUGCAAAUUACAGAACAUCGUCGCUUCCUCAUGUGCAGCGUUUCCACGGGCCUGGGAGGGGACGCAGAGGCUACCCCGGUGGUCCCAGCCUGCAGCGUUCACGUGAGGAAACUCCUGCAAAAGCCCUGAUGCAUGCACAUUCUGACUGCAGAGGCCAGAGCAUCCCGCAUUUUGGAGGCUGAAAGGCUCUCAAUGGUCCCCUAGGAUAACCGUUUCCGUUAACAGAGGAGUCCGCUGAAGCGCAGAGCUAACUGAAAACAGCUAGAAUUAAAAUCCAAGUCACCGGGCCCGGCAUCAGCGGUCAUUCCUUUCCACCACACAAAACUGGCCAGGAAGACGGACUCUCGCGCGCCCUCCCAGGCCGAAGCGCAUUUCUUUGCUAACGCGCGAGGGGUAGGCUGCACAGACCCGGCGCAGGGGGUGUUCAUUUUCGGAUCCAGCCCUGUAGUCACUUUAGCUAAACCCCGUUCCAAAGGGGUGGGAGUCGUCGGAGAGGAAUGGCCUCUGUAUCUCCGGAGACGGAAACAGCGGGACGAAGAGGCCCUAAGAACGUGUGCCCGGGGUGCGACCGAGGGGUGGGGGGCAGGGGGCAGAGACCCUGAAAAACUCCACCGCCGAGCCCCAGGGCCGUCUCCCGACCGGACUGGACUCGGCGCGGGCGGCUGCAGGGCUCCCGGGCGCGGCGCUGGGACCCCGCGGGCCACGUCGGCUCCGCUGCCCCGACGCCAGGGCCCGACUCGCGUCUCCCUCGGGCGGGGCACCCCAAAGAGCAGCUAAACGGUGGUGGGAGCUGGCGCCAUGCUCCUUCCCGUCUCCUCCCCGCCAGCUCCGGGCCCGUCCUUUUCCGCCCGGCUCCCGGCAAGGGUCCCCCGACUGGCGCCCGCGCGUCCUCCCUCGGCUGCUGCAGGCCUGGCCGCGGCGUCGAGCGGGGGCGGCGGGGCGGGGCCCGCAGCCAUUGGCGAGCGGCGGGGCGGGGGCGGGGGCGCGGAGGGUCGGCCCCGGGACGCGCGCAGCUGGCCCGCAGUUGCCGCCGUCGUCCGCAGAGCCAGUGCCUAGCGCAGAGCGGCGCCCGCCAUGAGGGAGAUUGUGCACAUCCAGGCGGGCCAGUGCGGGAACCAGAUCGGCACCAAGUUUUGGGAAGUGAUAAGCGAUGAGCACGGCAUCGACCCGGCCGGAGGCUACGUGGGAGACUCGGCGCUGCAGCUGGAGAGAAUCAGCGUCUACUACAAUGAGUCAUCGUCUCAGAAAUAUGUGCCCAGGGCCGCCCUGGUGGACUUAGAGCCAGGCACCAUGGACAGCGUGCGGUCCGGGCCUUUUGGGCAGCUUUUCCGGCCUGACAACUUCAUCUUUGGCCAGACGGGCGCAGGGAACAACUGGGCGAAGGGGCACUACACGGAGGGCGCGGAGCUGGUGGACGCAGUGCUGGACGUGGUGCGGAAGGAGUGCGAGCACUGCGACUGCCUGCAGGGCUUCCAGCUCACGCACUCGCUGGGCGGCGGCACGGGCUCGGGCAUGGGCACGCUGCUCAUCAGCAAGAUCCGUGAGGAGUUCCCGGACCGCAUCAUGAACACCUUCAGCGUCAUGCCCUCGCCCAAGGUGUCGGACACGGUGGUGGAGCCCUACAAUGCCACGCUGUCGGUGCACCAGCUGGUGGAGAAUACAGACGAGACCUACUGCAUCGACAACGAGGCCCUCUACGACAUCUGCUUCCGCACCCUGAAGCUGACAACGCCCACCUACGGGGACCUCAACCACCUGGUGUCUGCCACCAUGAGUGGGGUCACCACCUCGCUGCGCUUCCCGGGCCAGCUCAAUGCUGACCUGCGCAAGCUGGCGGUGAACAUGGUGCCCUUCCCGCGCCUGCACUUCUUCAUGCCUGGCUUCGCGCCGCUCACCAGCCGCGGCAGCCAGCAGUACCGGGCCCUGACCGUGCCCGAGCUCACCCAGCAGAUGUUCGACGCCAGGAACAUGAUGGCCGCCUGCGACCCGCGCCAUGGCCGCUACUUGACCGUGGCCACCGUGUUCCGCGGGCCCAUGUCCAUGAAGGAGGUGGACGAGCAGAUGCUGGCCAUCCAGAGUAAGAACAGCAGCUACUUCGUGGAGUGGAUCCCCAACAACGUGAAGGUGGCCGUGUGCGACAUCCCGCCCCGCGGCCUGAAGAUGGCCUCCACCUUCAUCGGCAAUAGCACGGCCAUCCAGGAGCUGUUCAAGCGCAUCUCCGAGCAGUUCUCAGCCAUGUUCCGGCGCAAGGCCUUCCUGCACUGGUUCACGGGUGAGGGCAUGGAUGAGAUGGAGUUCACCGAGGCCGAGAGCAACAUGAACGACCUGGUAUCCGAGUACCAGCAGUACCAGGAUGCCACCGCCAAUGACGGGGAGGAAGCUUUUGAGGAUGAGGAAGAGGAGAUCGAUGGAUAGUCGGAAUAGAGCCGCCCCAGCUCAGAUCCUACAACACGCAAGUUCCUUCUUGAACCCUGGUGCCUCCUACGCCAUGGCCCUGAAGGGUGCACUGGUCUAAUUGUGUUGGUGUCGGCCCCUCACAAAUGCAGCCAAGUCAGGUAAUUAGUCAUCUGGAACAAAGACUAAAACAGCAGAGAAUUGCGGGUUCUACCCAGUCAGAAGAUCACACUGUGGAGACUUUCUACUAGAGGACUUGAAAGAGAACUGAGGGGCCACAAAAUAAACUUCACCUUCCAUUAAGUGUUCAAGCAUGUCUGCGAAUUAGGAGGGAGUUAGAAACAGUCUUUUUCAUCCUUUGUGAUGAAGCCUGAAGUUGUGCCGUGUUGCCUUAUAAGAAUAUGCAGUAUGGGACUUGAAAUAAUUGAUUCAUAAUAAAAUACUAAACGUGUGUCUUCA